UUACCAUUUGCUCUUUUUCUUCUUGAAAAAAUAUCAAGAAACCCCAUUUUCUUGAAAAAAUCUUCUCUUUUCUUCUUCCCAACUGAAAAUCUAGAAACCCCAUUUUCUUGAAAAAACUUUUUCUUUUCUUCUUUCCCAACUGAAAAAAAAUCAAGAAACCCCAUUUACUUGAAAUUUUGAUGAAAGGCACACUUGGUUUAAUGGACUUAGGUGGUUCAAUUUCAACCGUGUCAAAAGAAGAGAAUACUAUGGUGUUAUCAUCUGAAGCUUCUUCAUCCUCAUAUCCUGAUGAGUCUGAACUUGAAUUGGGUCUUGGACUUAGUCUUGGUGGUGCUGUUGUUGUUCCUAAGUCUAAAUAUGGGAAAUUCUUGAUGGCUAAAGAUGUUCCUUGUUUGGGUUCUAAUUCAUCAUCUUCUUGUUCAUCUUCUUCAGCUAAUAAAGCUAAUAAUGCUUCUUGUGGUACUAAGAGAGGUGCUGAUUCUAUUUCACCUCCCCGUUCUAGUGUCAGUCAGGUUGUUGGAUGGCCUCCUAUAAGAACUCAUAGGAUGAACACCCUAGUUAACCAGACAAAAUCACCACUCACAGAAGAAUUUUCCCGGACGUCCGAGAAAUGCAAAAGCAAAAAUACUAUCACUGAUGCUGGGAGCAGCAAGAUCAACAGCUUUGCAAAGGAGAAAGGGCUUGUCAAGACUUCCCUAUUUGUGAAGGUCAAUAUGGAUGGAGUUACAAUUGGAAGGAAAGUAGAUCUGAAUGCUCAUAGCAGCUAUGUGAACUUGGCACGGACUCUAGACGACAUGUUCUUAAGAUCCAGCACGACUGUUUGUGCAAGAUCAUCAAAUGCACAGGAGCUAGGUGUCAUGGCAGAAACAGCGUCGUCUUCAAGAUUAAUAGAUGGAUCAUCUGAAUUUGUGCUAACUUACGAAGACAAAGAUGGAGACUGGAUGCUUGUUGGUGAUGUUCCAUGGGAGAUGUUUAUUAGCUCAGUCAAGAGACUACGAAUCAUGAGGACAUCUGAUGCCAAUGGACUCGGUACAUCUCCUAGUUUCAUGGAAAGAAAUGGUGGAAGACAGAAGACUAAGCCUACAUAAGUCCGAUAAAGAAUCUACUUUCAAAAGAUAAAGAAGACUCCCAUUGAAGGAUGAAGUACAGAGGGAAAUUAUAGAGGAUGGUAAAAAUAAUUUUCUCAGUAACAAACUGGUCCUACGUGACCUUAUUGGCUUUAUUUUUUUGUCACUUUUCUAGUUUUUUUACCACACGGUGUUUACCCCACUCUCUGGGAGGAGAGGCCCUUUUGCGGGAUUUCAGAAGAUGCAUGUAUAUGUCAUACACUACGCUAUCUUCAGAGAAAGUUGCAUUCCGCCCUUGUGAAGCAUGGAUGUGUCCAUUUAUACUAUAGUAUGAUGAUGAGCUUGCCUCACCCUGAAACAGAUGAACGCUAAUGUUGUUGAAAGGAAAGUUUGCUAGGUUCAUACUGGGAACCUUUUUUGUUUGUUUUGAUACAAGCUUUCAUUGUGUCA